AUGUUUAGGUUGUUGUAUAAAAGAACAUUAACGGACUCAGGUGUUAUAACCGAUUUUUUAAAAGGAAAUAGUAAUGCAGAAGAAGAUGAAGAAUUAAAAAAUUUUAAAUUGGAUCGGUUUUCGUUCGAUACAAAUAAUCCUUUUAAUUCGAAAAAUACAUAUAAAUCUAAAGGAAACAACGAAUUAUUUCCCAUAAAAAAUUUCGCGGAUGUUUAUAAUAAUGAUUUAAAUUUAAACGUCGAUGAUAAAAAUUUUAUAAAAAGAGAAUCGGAUAAUUUAAAUGAUAAAUCACACGAAAUUGACGAUGAUCAAGAAAAAGACGGGUACGGUUACGACGAUGAUGAAUAUUAUCAUUUCGAUAUAAAAAGAAACAACGAUGAAAAUGGAAAAAGUGAUAAGGGAAAAUUAAACGAAAAAGAAACUAAUAAAAAUUCAUUGACCGAUAACAAGGAAAAAGAAUCUCUCCAAACAAGUGAUAAGAAGGAAUAUCAUUCGGACGGUUCUGAUCUUGCUAAGGAAACCGAUGGAAAAUCCGAAUCGUCCAAAGUAUCAUUAAAAAAUAGUGAAACGUCAUUGAACGUGAACGACGUGAAAGAAAAUUCAGCCAUUGAUGAAAAUGUUAAAGCCGUUAAAGAAGAAUCUUCUGCUUCGUGUAACAACGACAAAGUCACGGACUCGAAAAUAACAGAAUCGAAAAAAAACGAGAAAACUCAAGAAGACGCGGAAAGUUUAAAAGGAAAAGAAAACAAAUACAAAGAUGAACCCGGUAAAAAAGAUAAGGAAGUUAACAUUAAAGAAAAUAAAGAUGGUGGAUCGAAUAAAGAUAAUUUAAAAGCGGUCGUUGAAAAAAAUACGAAAGACAAAUCGGAAAUCAAAAAUUCUAAUAAAUUAACGGAAAAUGUUAAAGUCAACGAAAAUAAUAAUAAUAAUAAUAAUAAUAACGGUGAUAAAAUUGAUGAUGGUAAAACUAAAGAAGGAUUUUCACCGGAUGAUUCGUCGUGUCAAGAAAAAACUAAAAAUUCUAACGUAGUAGAAAAUAGUGAAUCUGCAAAUGAUAAUGAUAAUAAUAAUAAUGACGAAGUGGUAUCGCAUUUUAAUGGGGGAGGAAAUUUAAUGAGUAGCAAUUUCAAAGGUAGCGAAUAUUCAUUUAACGAACACGAUUCGGACGAAGGAAAAGAAUCGGAAAUAUCGAAUGAUGGCACCGGCGACGAAGAAGAAUCAUUUAUUGGUAAGGGAAACCAAGAAUUAUCAUACAAUGGAAAACUAUUGUACGAAAUGAAUUUACCACCACACGAAUUUGUCAACACCGAUUAUCAUAAAAAUUUCGUUAAAUCCCUAAAGAGAUUCAAAUCGAGUGAUAGUGACAUAUUAAAUUCAUUCAACAAUGCACCGGAGAAAAGGGAAAAUUCGAAAAAUUUUAUAACGAAUUGUAAAUUAUCGAAAAGAAGAAAGAAAAAAAAUUCAAGUCCGGUUGAUUUUCCAUUAAAUGAAAAAAAUAAAUUUAUGGAUAAAUCCUCUCUGACGUAUCAAAUCGAAUCCCCGGAAUCUGCUGCACAAAAUGAAAUAAAAUCAUUUUACCCGUGUUAUGAUAAAUCCGAAAGUUUAUCAAAAUAUUACGAUAAUCCGUUUCGGAAUAAACGUAAAUCUUUUCCAAAAUAUGAAUACCAAAUAAAAAUAUACAAUCAAAAUAAUCCGGAUUCGAAAAAUACUCCUUUGACAAAUGGUAGCAGUUUGAAAAAUAAAGGAGCUCCUUCCGGUUAUUACGGAAACAGAGUUAAAUUCGGACAAAAACAUUUUAUUUCGGAUGAAAAACAACAGAGUAAUUUGAAUAAAGAUUUCAACAUUCGAUCUCAAUCAUCAUUUUCCGAUAAGAAAUUAUCAACGGAUUUUGAUAAUAAUAAUUAUUUUCAAAGAUCUUGGAGAGAAUCGUCGAAAUAUCAAAACGUUAAACACGAUCCAAUAAAAAGAUACGACGAAAAUAUAUUUUUAAAACCUCACGACAAUUCUUUGUUCUUGGUCAAAAAAGACAAAAAUGGUAACAAGUUUGCCAAAGCGUUCGCAGACGGUACAAAAGACGUUCAAAACGAUGUUUACCGCGAUAGAGAACCUAAAAAUCGUAAUCGCGGUUCAAUCAUACGAACCUAUCGUUCGAGCGAUGAUAUAACAAAAUAUCACGGAAACGGAUCCCCGAAAUCAUCGAAUUUAAAAAAACCAUUUAAUAAACUCAAAGGACUCGCUGAUUUUUUCAAAGAUGGCGAUCAAGAAUCGGAAAAUGUUAAUCAAGCGUCAAAUUCGGAUUCUAAAAAUCGUAACGAAGUUUUUUGCGAUGACAAAUUACCAGAUCCGAUCGUUAUAACGGCUCUUAAAAAAGCAUUCCCGGAAGCUAAAUCAAUAAAAACGAUUCAAAAAAACGGAAAUGACAUCAUAGUUUUAGAUUUUGAAAGAAACAAAUUAAAAACGAAUCAAGGAAAUAAAAUGCCUAAAAUGGGGUUGCCACAAACGGACGACGAUUCGCCAUCUGGCAUGCCGUUUAGAAUGCCGCAAAAAAAUUUAAAUUCUUUGAACGUGCCCGGUGCGAGACAAAUCGAAAUGGUAUUAAAUAAAAAUUCAGUUCCGGAUUUUUUACCACAAAUCCUCGGAGAUUCAAACGACAAGAAAAACUCAAAAGAAAAUAAAUAUUCAGAUGACGCCAUGUCAUCGCAUGAAAGUAGUCACGGUUCGAAAAAUCAAAAUUUAUUUGAUUCUUCGGAAUCCCCGGAAUAUCCCUACGAAGAAUAUUUAAAUAAGAAAAUAAACGCUAAAAAAAGUAUACAAACAACCGAUUGGAUACCGAUAAAACAUACGAAUAACAUCGAACACGAAGGAAUGAAAAAACCAUUAAAUGAUAAAAACUAUCAAGAUGAAUUAUGGAAAACUCUUUCUUUAGCAUCUGAUAAAGUGCAAAAAUUAAAAAGAGCAGGUGCCGAUGAAAGAAAAUUACGUGAAGCCAUUGAAGAUUCCAUGUUAUUCCGUGGAAAAAGACAAUCCAACAACGACGAAUAUGAUUUAUCGCAAAUCGAUGGUGAAUCCUCAUUGGAUUCUUCCGCCACGCGAAACGAACAAAAAAACAAGUGUCCGUUAAAAAAAAUUCAAAAAAGAAGUGCCUUUUCAUUACAUAAUGAUGAUAUUGGCAAAAGGGAUACAACGAUGAACGGAAACGUUGAUAAAAAAGGGGAAAAAAAAGGAGGGUCAGUAAAUUAUUUGGAAAAAGAAGAAAAAAUAAAAAUAGAUAAAGAAAUUUUAGGUAAAAUUUCUUCCACAUCAAAAGGCAACAACAACAAUAAGUCAAAAGUGAGUAAAACUGAAGUAAAAAAAUCAAAUGUUAUAAAUACGGAUGAAGAAGAUAUUUAUAAAAGUGUUUAUUCUUCAGGAGCGAAUAAAAGAAAAUUACUAUCGAUAAAAGAGAAACGUUUUGACGAUGACUAUGUCGAGGAAGAAGAAGCCGUUGAUGACUAUAUGGAAGAUUAUAAAUCAUGGUAUUCAAAUCAAAACCAUUUUAAUGAUUUAAAAAAAAAACUCGACGUCGAUCCGUACAUAUUGAAAUUGUUUCGCGGCAUGUCGGAUGAUAAAGACUUAGAAGAUGGGAGAAGGAAAAGAAGUUUGUUCACUCCGACUCAUUCGAAUUUCAAAAGAGAAAUCGAUUUAGACGAAAGCAUGCCCAACGAUUUUCAAAAUUUUCUCGUCACUUCUCUCGGUUUGGAUUCCCAAUUAACGGAUUUUGGAAGUUUAAAAAGGGAAAUUGUUAAAAAAGAUGAACCCCUAGAAAAUAAAAAAAAAAAAUCCGAAUACGGAAAUAAAAAAUCUUCAUCGAAUUCAUUGAGCGGCGGUAGAUUAGAAAAAAACGAAAUUAGUUCAAAACCGGAAACGGAAUUCAAUACGAAAAAGGAAAAAUCCGAAUACAAAGAUUCUAAAACUCCUACUCAAAUAAGAAUACAAAUAUCGAAAGCGAGUUCGAAAGAGAAAAAAUCAUCGGAUCCGUCAAUCGAUACCGAUUCACCGGAUUCAAACGAUAUCGAUAUGUCGAUUAUCGAAAAAGAAAAUUAUGACAAAAAUAAAUAUUCGUCGGAUAAAUCCACGUCCAAUUCGAGAUUAAACGUACAAAAUCAAAAUCAAGUCAUUGAUUAUAAAACACCGGAAGGAGAUGAUUCUUCCGUUUCGAGUAAUCCCUCCGAUUAUCGCUUACUGACUCCUCCUUAUUAUAAAAUGAUAAGGAAAAAAAAAAAUUACGGGAUCCACAAUAAUUUAAUUACAAAUCCGAAUAAAAAUUUUUUACCGUACGACAAUAAAAAAUCCACGGAUAAUAAUUUAAUGCGUAAAAAUUAUUUCGAACAAAAUUUUCAAUCCGAUCAAAAAAUACCCACGAGUGGAAAUCAUUUGCCUCAAGUUGAAACGGUUUACAAUCCGACUCAAAAUUCAAACAAAGCCGAAAUCCGGGGAUUCAAUCAAAAAAUUAAAAACAACGUUAAAAAUUUUAAAAAUCCCGUAAUUAAAAAUAAUUAUCAUUUAAAUUCGGAUUCGUCCAAUUGUAACGAUAACGACAUCAAAUCUUACCUGAAAGAAAAAUCCAUUCAAAUAAACAAUGAUAAAAAUGUGAAAAAAAAUUUCGAUGAUAACGAAUGGAAACGAAUAACGGGAUCACCGAUCGUGUCCCAAGACUUAUCUCAAUCCUCUAAUCCUUCAGGAUUAGAAAAUUAUAAAUUUCUUAAACCCGAAUUGACUUCCGUUAAUGAAAAUACACUUUCCGACGAUGCCGAUAAAUCCGUUUUUAGUAAGCACAAUAAACUUCCCGUUCCGACGUACAUAAAUUGCGGUUCGAUGCCCAGCAGAACUUUUUUCAAUUACUAUACGCUGUCGCAAAAAAAAGUCAACGCUAAAUCCGAUACGAAUUCACUUAAAAACAGAAAAAGUUCUACCAAAGACUACGAUGAAAAUAAAAACUCAUCUCCGUCCUCGGAAGACGUCGAAAAUACAUUUUUCAUAAACGCAAACAGCAAUAGCAACGAUUAUUCCGAUGGUUUCGAUGACGAUUAUGCCGACAGCGGAGUAGAAUUCAAACAGGAUCCGUCAUACGAAACAAUGCUCAAUAAACAAUCAAUGAAUCGAAUUUCCGAUAUCGGAGAUGAAGAUUACAACGAAACCGGUGAUGAAAAUAUGAACGAGUAUUCGUCGUAUUCGGUACCCGGUUUGAUGCAAAAAGAACAAUCGCAACAACCCCAACAACCUCACAGACCGCAAUUGGUUAAAAAAUCCGAUGAAAAUAACAAUUUGAUGAAUUUUUUAUACGACUACGACGAAAUCGGACCGAUCGAAUAUAAACAACACGAACCCGAUAACGAUGUGAAAAAAUUUAAAAAUCCGUUAAAAUUAAAAGAAACCGGACGUCAAGAAUAUUUCGAAUAUCCGGUUAAAAAUUCAAUGGAUUUAUUUAAAAAAUUUAACGAAAAUUCAGGAGUUAUAAAUAAAAAUAUAUUGUACAAUUUAAACAACAGGUAUAAUGGCGAAAGAACCGAAUUUAAACCCGAUGGUAAAAAGAUUAAAAUAAACGGAAAUAAGAUACCGGAAAUGCGGGAAUACGAUUACGUAAAUCCGGAAGAUAUGAAUUAUAAUUUAAAACGUUUUAACGAAAAUUUCAAAUCAUCAUCAUCAUCGAACGAUGAGAAAUCGUCUUUCGAUUCGUUCAAAAUUAAUCGGGGGCAAUCGAAUUCUUUAUUAACUCCCCACGAAACUCCGAAUAAAAAAAACGUUAAAAUUAUUAAUUUUCCCGUACGUAAAAGAAAUAUAUUAAAUCCGGAAUCGGAAAACGUUGAAAAAAACAAUAUGGCCGACGGUAAAAACGUCGUCGGCGACGACGCCACACUAGGCGAAGACGAUGAUGAUUAUGACGUCAUGGAAAACGUAAUUGGAAAAUACAUAAUGAAAAAAAGCGUUAACGAUAAUCCUCACACGUCGUCGUACGAACAACAAAAAAAUCCUAAUGAAAAUUUACAAAUGACGUCAUCGUCGUCGUCGGGAAAAAAAGUCAAAAGAUCGAUUGAAAAUUCUUAUGAUGAAAAAAAAGAAUGUAAAAGAUUGACGACGGGUCAUUUGACGGAAUCGAAUUACCGAAAAUAUCAUAAGAAAAAUCUCACGCAAAAGAGAAACGUUAAAAAACAAGAGAAAAAAAUAAAAUUUCAAAAUUUAUCUCGUUCGAAUUCAAUUAAAUAUAAAAAAAGAAGUUUGGAAAAAUUAAAAGGAUCCACUUGGACGAAUUAUCGUGAGAAUAAAAGAUCUUUAAACUUGUUUAAAAAAUUUGGUAAGGAAAAAGACGUUAAAAAAACGGAAACGGUCGAUGGGAAAACGGUCGGAUUCGAACCCAUUUAUUCGAUCGAUAAAAAAUUUGAUAAUAAAUUACACGAUAAAUAUUUGGGUUAUGCGAAAAGGGACGAAUUUUCAAAUGAGAAUUUUCCGGCUACGAAUGAUAAAUCCGAGGGACCCUGGAAAGUUGAAUUGAACGAACAGGAAGUGAAAAAUCCCGGUGCGAACGAUCAUUCGAACGCCGUCGCAAGCAUCGGAAAAUAUAAAACGUCAAACAUUCCAACGUCGAACGAUGAUUUAAAAGUUUUUCUCGUUUUGACGAAAAAGAAAAGAUGUCCGAACGAUGAUGCGGCGGUGGCGACGGCGACAAAUUUCGACGACGGAAAAAUAUCAUCGUUAAUUAAAAAUCCAACGAAAGAAGAUUCACAUCCGAGUUUACGAUACGGUCAAAGGUACUCACAGAAAGGAAGAUUCAAAAGGAAAACAAUAUUUCCAUCGUCCAGUGAUGCCAACAUAAUUGGAGAUAAAACGGCUAUUGACGAAUACACGAGUACAAACAUGGGACGUCAAAUAGUUGAUUCAAUAAUAAAACGUGUCAAUAGAGAUUCUAAAUUUAAAUCCUUUAUCGGACCUGGUCUUUUGGGAAAACUCCCCAUGCGUUUUGAUAAUAAUAUACAAACUGAUAAUAAAAGAGAUUUAAAACGUGAAAAUUAUCCUGAGAAAUACGACCUGGAAAAAAUUGCAGAAGAACAUGUGAAAAAAAGAAUGUGUAACAAAAUAGAUAAACAAUCGAAAAAUUUUCUUCAUUCUUUGCUCGACGUAAAAACGGAUAGAUGCGAAAAGGAACGGAAUUACGACGAUAAUUUUGAUAAAAUAUGGAAUUCGGCGACGAAAGAUAAAUCUGAUGAGGAAAGAUGCUGCGACGAUGAAAAAGUCGAAUCGAACACGGAAAAAUUUCCUCAAAAUAAAAAUCCACCCCCCUACGAUAAAAAAUUAUGCGAAACACUUAAAAUGAAACAAGGGAUGCUAUUAAAAUUGAUCGACGAUUAUCAAAAAUUAUCGGAAGUUGAAAAAUACGUGACGGAAUGCCCGAAGGAACAAAUAUAUUCGGAAAAUUUCGACGUCACGACAACCCCGAUAAUCAUGUCGUCGACCACCGAAGAUAACAUGAAAGUUUUCAAUAGCGAAGUUAUCAAAUUUGAACCCGUGAUGAGUACUAAUGUUGAACUUACUACGGCGUCGCCGGCGAUUAUGACGACGCCAAUACCAGUACUUUGGGAAAAUACAAACGUGUCUAAUAAUUGUUCGACAAACAACAAAGGUUUCGAAACCGUGGGCGACAACAAUGGAAAAUUACAAUUUAUUGAUUUGUUACCGACUCAACAAACCGCCGUGGAAACCGUACAAACGAAUUCGAUGGAAAUCACAACGCAAUCCAAUCCCUGUACGACCGUCGUUAACCCAAAAUUACCACCAACAACAACCAACGACAACAAAUAUGUUAUUGGAGCGGUUAAGAGAACGAAAGGGUAUUUAAAAGUGGAAGAAAAAAUGAAAGAAGAAUUGUGA